AUGUCGGACGUAGAAGAGAACAACGCCCCCGAGGUGGCCGAGGAGGUCGAGGUUUCCGCCGAUGCCGGCUCCAAGGGCCAGAUGUCCGUUCUUGACGCCCUCAAGGGUGUCCUGAAGCUCGCCCUCAUGCACGACGGUCUUGCCCGCGGUCUCCGUGAGGCUUCCAAGGCCCUCGACCGCCGUCAGGCCCACAUGUGCGUCCUCAACGAGGCUUGCGAGGAGGAGGCCUACAAGAAGCUUGUCAUCGCUCUCUGCUCCGAGCACAAGAUCCCCCUGAUCAAGGUGCCCGACGGAAAGCAGCUCGGCGAGUGGGCUGGUCUCUGCGUGUUGGACCGUGAGGGUAACGCCCGCAAGGUCGUCAACUGCUCUUGCGUCGUCGUCAAGGACUGGGGUGAAGAGUCCCAGGAGCGCUCCAUCCUCCUCAACUACUUCCAGACUGAGCAGUAA